GUGUGAGGGGAGGGGGAGGAGCAGAGUAUGAGAGUGUGAGAGAGAGGAGGAUGAGCUAGUGUGUGUGUGUGUGUGUGUGAGAGAGAGAGAGCUGUGUGUAGCCGUGCUACCAUCAGAUCCUGUAGUGGGUUUUUUAACUGGAUUACAUUUUUUUAUCCAGGGUGGAUUACUACCAGCCAAGGUGAUGUGUCACCCAUCAGUAUGUCACCCAUCAGCCAAUCGCAGUUCAUCCCUUUGGGAGAGGUAUUGCUAUUGGCUAUCUCUGCUAUGAACUCUGCCCAUAAGCCUGUGACUCAGGAGGCCCUAACUGAACACCUGCAAACAUGUUUUCCAGGUGUUCCCACACCAACGGAGGAGGUUCUGCACCAUACACUAAGCAUGUUGGUCCGUGAGCGGAAGAUCUACCCAACACCCGACGGAUAUUUUAUUGUAACACCUCAGACUUACUUUAUAACUCCAAGCCUUGUCCGAACCAGCUCCAAGUGGUACCACUUAGAUGAGCGAUCCGCUGACCGACACCAACAGCAGCAACAUCAGAACCAACAGCAGCAUCAGCAGACACAGUGCACCUCUCCUCUCUCUGGCACUAUCACUCCAUCCACCUCUGGAGUCGUGCGAGAUCGAACACAUACAAAAUCCAGCCAAAACCACAGUGGAGGAGGCGGGGAUUCUUUUUACAACAGUUAUCGUGGAGAAGACCCACCUAGCCACCACACCACCCUGCAGCGCCGAUCCCCCAAAGACCACCGGGAGGCAUACUCAUCCCCGCACUCCUCACAAACACCUCCUCAGCAAGCAGGAGGUAACGCAGAAAAAAGUCGCAGCACCCUCGGGUUCCCCUUCAAGACGGACACGCUAACUAAGCACCGAGGUGGGGGAGGAGGAGGAGGAGGAGGAACUGGAGAAAUAGAGAAACAAGCAGGUGGAGGAAGUGGUACAGGAAGUCGGAAAUUUGGUUUAAAGCUGUUCCGUCUAAGCUUUAAGAAGGAUAAGGCCAAACAGCUGGCUACCUUCUCUGCACAGUUCCCCCCUGAGGAGUGGCCGCUCCGUGAUGAGGAGGCACCCAGCCAGCUGCCACGCCAUGUAGAGAUGGAGAUCAUCCGCAGAAUCAACCCUGACCUUACUGUGGAGAACCUUGCACGGCACACAGCGGUCAUGAAGCGUCUCGAAGAAGAGCGUGCCCAGAGGAGCAAAGCAUCAUCAGCCAAUCACAGCUCUAGGAGUAGGAGAAGUGGUGGUAGACACAGGAAGCAGUCUCAGACCAAACUCAGCCGCUCACAUAGCAAGACAAGGAUGUCCCGCGGUGAGCCGAGCGACGGUUCCCACUUGGAGCUGGCCGACAGGGACUACAGAGCCUACUCAUCUUCGCUGGCUCGGUCCCCGAGGGAACACGCACUGGCCGUGGAGCGGCAGCGGGCCCGGCUUCAUCUGGCACACAGCAACCCCAACAUCCUUGACUCCUCCCACCUCCCUGUCACCCCGGAGUGGGAUGUGUCUGGAGAGCUCGCCAAGAGACGCACAGAAAUGCCUUUCCCUGAGCCAAGCCAUGGCCCAUCAGCCCACCACUCCAAAGUCCACCGCUCACACUCCCAUACCCAAGAGAGGAAGUCCAGGAACGAACGCAGUGACAAGGCCAAGGAACGUUCCAGAUCCAUGGACAAUUCUAAAGGACCUCUUGGAGCUGGAUUGAUCGGACCACCUGAUUAUUACGACGACCGGAGCCGUUACUAUACUGACGAUGGCACCCUGCGAGCCAAUCCGAGCUCUUCUCACUACUCUCGUGCCACACCACCCUCAGCUAAGCUGCCUGUGGAUUCUAUGGGGUUGGAUGGUGGCAGGAGCUUAGAGAAGAGUAAGAGCAGGGACAGCCUGCCAGCAUACUCACCCAAACCACUGCCCACCUCUGUCCCUCCUGAUGAUUACUUUCAAUGCGCCGGUUCUGAGGCUGUUCUCACAGCAACAAACCCACUCGGAACUCUGAGCAAAAGUAGCCAUGAUGGGUUAAAACUAGGCAACACUGAAAGGCAAACAGACAGACAGACACCACAUCCCCUAGAAAAUAAGGAGGACUCAAAGGUGGGACCUAAGGGUGGCAGCCUGCCUCCAAUACCUCUUUCUAUCCCUGACCUCCCCCUUCCUAAUGGACGUCCAUCCCACAGUGCCUCCUCUGGUCAGGAGAAACGUAAAGAGAUCUUUAGUAAAGAUACACUUUUCAAACCUCCUCCUAGCCUCCCUUUGCCCGGCUACAGCUCUCUGAGAAAACCCCCAGUCCACGCCUCCUGUACUCUGUCAUCGUCCUGUGAUGCACUCGAUUCCCAGGAGGCCUUUGAUGCUCCCAAACCUCUGAUGGCCACACCACCUGCUCCCUCUCAGGGGAUUGAAUCUACAACUAGUGCUGCAGAGGCCUCCUUCGACUACUACAAUGUGUCAGACGAUGAUGAACUCGAGGAGGGAGGGACUAAAAGUCGAGGAGAUGACGAGAAGGCUGGAGGAGGCGUUGUUGGGAUGGGAGGAGGUGGAGCAGGGACCAUGCAGUGGCUAUUAGAGAGAGAGAAGGAGAGGGAUCUACAGAGGAGGUUUGAAAGAACCCUGACCUUCCCUGGUGCUAAAGAGAACCUUCCAGAGCCUAGUCAGAACCAGCAGUCAGCCCACUCUGCUAGACUAGACAGUAUGGACUCCAGCUCUGUUACUGUUGACAGUGGAUUCAACUCUCCAAGAACAAGGGAGAGCUUAGCAUCUAACACCUCAUCCAUAGUGGAGAGCAACCGUCGGCAGAAUUUGGCACUGAGCCCCGGCCACCUCGGCAUCACUACCGGCAACGGUCCCCCCUUCUCCUUCCGCACCAUCCCAGAACCUGCUAGCACCCAACCAGAGAAACUCCAGAAGCCCAGCGCCUGCCUUGCCUCAAUCACCAGCGUCUAGGGGUGUAACUAAGGGUUGGGUGGAGUGCCAAAAGCCAACGGACAGGGGCCAGAAAACAAAAGUACCACCCCAAGGACUGUUACACCUGUAGACUGACUGAAUCAGUGGAGCUGCCACAAGCCCACUGUGGAACUAUAGCUGUUACCACACACGCAUACACUCUGUCAGAGGAAUUUAGACCACCAGGAAAUUGCUCUCUUUCUCCCUCAUGCACACAUGCGUGCAUGCGCGCACACACGUACACACCAGGCCACUGGGCAGACUUUGACCAUGUCAUUCUACAGCCUCUAGUUUACACACUGCUGUUGUGUUGUUACACUUUUGUGGGUUAUAGUUAUAGUAUGUGUGUGUGUGUGGGGGGGGUAAUCUGUUAUCUCAGGUCAUGUUAUUUCCACUCCCAUUCCAGCUGCUACAGAUUAGUGCAUCUCCCUCUUGUGGUGUCUACUGGUAUUACACACUGAAGACGCACAGAAAUGCAGCUCUGCUGACUACUGUUACUGAUGGUACACUCACGCUUUGUUAGCUUUUGGUAGACACCCUAUAAGGUGCAAUGCCACAGGACAUAAAACAGUCAAUACUGUUGACCAUCACUCAAAAUGCAACAACAAUGUGAGGUGGUCAGUCAAAUGAGUAAGACUGCUUUUACUGUACACCCUAACACCCUCUGUAGAAUGAAGCUGAGCAGUUCUUUUAUCUGUUGGAUGCCAUGAUGCCCAUCUAAACUGCCUGAACACACUUGCCAGUUUUUAAACAGCUUUUAAAGGUGCAGCAGGUAACUUGAAAAUAACUAAUUCUCAUAUUUGCAGAAAUCUUCACUGUAUCCUGAGUUCACGAGACUGAUCAUUAAAAAUUAGGGUGUUCCUAAUGGCUUUUGCAAGAAUUAUUUAAAUUGAAAAUUGUUGAGUGUCAUUCCCAGGUCAGCUUGAGAUCCCAAAGUCAUGCAUUCUUGUAAGUAUAUAAUGAAAGUAUGACAAAAGGUUCUUUUAUCCUAGUUACCUACUGCAGCUUUAACUGUCUCCUCCAACUGUCACAUAUAUGGACAGGCUGAGGUGUAGCUCCAGGGAAGAAAUGUUUGACGGACUGUUUUGAGAGGAACAGAGGCACAGUGUUUGUCUCUUUUUGACGUUACCCCUCAUGGUUGGGAUGCAGCUGCGUCAUGUUUCCACUCUGUCCAGCAGCUUCCAGAAACAAUCCUCUGCCAUUCCAGUCUGCCAGUAUGUCAAUUUCCACUGGACACAUCCAGUCUACUAUUAUAACAGGCUGGGUGAAUUUUUCCCCAAAAGAUAGGGGGAAUUAGUUUGUUACAACAGCACAGAGACGGCUGAGUGGUAAUGAAACAUUUUGCAAACCUUUUGAAAUAAAUAAUAUAUUAAAGAAAUCAGAGAUGUGACAUUAAAAAAAGCUAGAAAGCUAUGUAAAGAUUAUACGUACAAGUGAAUUUCUAUACAGUGUAUAAAUGCCUAUAUUUAUUGACAGUUGACAUACAAUUAAUAUUUAAUGGCAUGCUACAUUUUGUUACUGAUUUUGUCUUUAGUACAUAUAGCAAAAUUAGUUUUUAUUGUUUGUUUAUAGAGUCACUUCACAGUGAUAUUCAGAUAUAAGCUAUUGAGGUCCUGCAGAUGACUUUAACAGCCACCAUACUGGCAGGCAGAAAACAAAAAUGUCUCUGUCCUGCUAGCAUGCAAAUAUAUUCAUAAUGACUGCUGAGGUAGCUAAUUUAGAUUAAAAAAAUUUAAUUUCUACUAUGCCAGUCACACCACUAAAUCAGCAGUUAAAUGUCCAGUGUUUAACCUUUAGGAGGAUCUAUUGACAUAAAUGGAAUAUAAUAUUCAUAGAUAUGUCUACAUUAGUUAAUAAUCACCUGAAUAUAGGAAUCAUUAUGUUUUGUUACCUUUGAAUGUGCCAUUAAUAGCUACAGACAGUGCUGGUCGCCUUUUGCGGAGGUUGUGAAGGUGAACCGCCAUGUUUCUACAAAAGCCCAGAAGGGACAAGCCAAACACUGACUCUAGAUAGGGCCAUUUGCAUUUUUACAUACGUUUUACAGCCACCAUAGUUUCUCCCUCAUGCUUAGAAAGAGAGGUUGAACCAAGUGAGUUGCAAACUGCAACUGCACCGCAAGAUGCCACUAAAUCAUACACACUUCACCUUUAAACGCCAUCUUAUUUAUUCUUUAACAAACACUGAGAUUUAUCAUUAUCAGUGACUAAAAGCAGUGUCGUGGUGGUGGUGGUUCUGGUAUUGGAGAUACUAUAUACGAAGGGACCAUUGUAGUUAAACUUGGACACAGUUCACAAGGCUUUGUAACUUUUAUACUUAUAAAAGAUAACUGUAGACACUGAAAAACAGCAUUUAGCUUUGUUACAGAAGGUGUAGUACAGUGACUACAGUUGGCUACUCAUGAAGAUACUUUGGUCCUCAUUUAUAUUGACUAAAUCAGCUAAUGUUUAUUGUGACUCACUCAACUAUGAUUAAUGCUGGAACAGCACCGUUUGUCACCAUGCCUCACCAUUUUCUAUUCAUAUGAAGCCUGCAGCACACUGUAUCUGUUGUAAUGUUAGCCACAUUAACUAAUUAAGAAACAGACAAGGCGUAGGUGCUCAUUAUAUUAAUGAUUUAUUCAUUUAUUUAUUAAUUUACCUUGGCAGACUGUUACCAAAGGUUACAUAUGAAUCAAUAUGCACUUGAAGACCUGAACAGGAACAGUAUAGCCCUUACAUUCAUGUAAUUCCCUUUUUUACCACUAUAUUUCUUUAGCUCUUUAGAACUCAGGUGAGACCUCAGGUGGUCAGAAGGUGGAUACCAGCCCCAUUUGAUAACUUCAUGGAGAAACUAUGAAUUAGCCAUUGUUGUUUAUGGAGCUGUUGUGUUCUUCUGCCCAUAAGUAUGGCACUCAGCACUAGAUAUCAAUAAUCACAGCAAGACCUCAAUAAACACAGAAACUGAGAUAGUCAUUGGUUUUGUUUUUACAUGAAAGGUUUUCACCAUUUAUUGCUUCUAUACAUUUGAUGUCAGCUAAACAACUUGAAAGAAAAACAAAUCCCCUUCAUUCCAUUAAACACAGCAGAAAAACCAAAAACAAGUGAACCAAACAACAAUAAAUGUGUGAAGAUUGGGCUGCUUGAAUGACACAGCUGCAUCCAGUGGUGAGGGGUUAGUCACAUCACUGUUGAGUUUCAUAGCUUAGAUGUUUGAUUGAGUAGCUGGCUUCUUCUAAGAGCUGGGAGAUUUUAACCAGCAAAAAUCACAGACUAUUUUCACUAGAUGGGUUGUUCACAUUCAUUAGGAGGAGCUCUACUGGCAAGGUGAGGUGGCUGAGUGUCCAACAGAGAAUAUGAAAUGAGAUCCAGAACAAAAAACUCAUCCAGACAGUGUUCUACACAACAAGCAGGGAUGUGACUUACUUUUUUUAAUUCAGUAGUUCUUUAUUUAUACACAACUUUACCAUUCAUUUAUAUUUCUGUCAAGCUCAUGACUACGCACUGCAAGUCUUUCUUCAAAAUUUGAAUCAAAUCCCAGAACCACUGUCACUCCUGGUGCUGUAUGAUGUAUUAUCGUCAGUGAUUGCCAUGAUAAUAGUCAUAAUGAAAAGAGUGAUGAUAUAGUUGGAAUAUAAUACUAAAAUGGCUGCUUACACUUUAACUUAGACGGACAGUGGGACCACUGACUUGUGACACUUCGAGAUGUAAAAUAAGACCCACAUUCAAAAUGUUUUUUUCUCAGUAAUAUAAAACUAGACCUGAGCUAAGCUGGAUUUACCUAUCUCAACAAUUUCUGCAGUCCUAUAGGUCAAUCAUUUCCCAUCCUCCUAUAGGCUCAGAGAGCUGUCAGUCAUCCCAGUGUUGUCGUCCUAUAGGCUCCUUUAAAACUACCUCCACAGCAGCAAAAACACAGCCUGUCCUUUCUAUUCGCACUGUCAUCAGCCUCUAGCCUGUGAAUGUCUACACACAGAUGCAUACACACAUAUACACACUAACACGCUACACAUUGAAUUGCUCGACUCCAUGUUGUUUCCUUCUCUUCACUAACAAGGUUUCUUCUAAUGGUACAUGAUAGCAUUGUGGUUCAUUGCCACUCUCGCCUUUGAGUGUGUUCUCAGUUUCCACACUGGAAGGCAGUAAGAAUAGUCUGCCACCAUAGCCUCUGCCCAGUUCCAUCAAUUUUGACAUCAUAAAUAUUUGCUGUUCCACGAUCUGACAAGCACUUCAUUUGAAGCUUACUGACCCUUUAAGUGUGCCUCAGUAAAAGAUACAAGUGUAGCUGCUUUUGGUUAAAGAACUCAACUUGAGUUAAUUUGUAUUGUAGAACUAUUUUCAUAGAUUUCCAUGUUUUCUCUCAAUGUGGGGUGCUCAGUUACCUAUGGCCUGCAGUCCUUGUCACAGCUAGUGUUGGUCUGGGCAACAUCAUCACAACCAACCAGUACAAGUCACUAGAGUAGCGACAAGAACGAAAAUCCUCAUUGGCUUCCGAUCUGAAAACACAUUGUGUUUGUUGGAAUGCACAACCAAACCAGACGUACUGCUACAGGGAAUCAAACUCCUGCAAUGGUAGUCUGUCAGAACAAAUGUAACAAACACUUCUUUCAUGAAAACUCCCUUGAUUCCAUUGAAGAACUAGUCAGAUAGCUCCAGGUAUGAUGUAAAAAGGUAUUAUACUUACCACUAGAGUAGUACUCCCUGACAUUUUAGUUCCCAUUCUACCACUGCUUUCGGUUCUACACUGCAUCCUGCCGCUACACAAGGGUCCAGCGUUAUGUGUUACCACUACAAUAAAAGGUUCAGUAUGCUUCAAACUGCGAGUACUAGGACUUUGCCCUUUUCUCCCUCUAUACCAGAGUACUGGUUUAUAUUCUCUCUGUAAGGGAUUGAUGUUUUUGUUCUGCUAAUAUGGUCACUGUUAAGGUCAACAUUUUAAGAUUCUAAUCUCUGUUCUAACACUGCAAGAUAUUUAGUCUGUUACACUGCUAUACUUGUGUUUUAGUCCCAGGGGUGCAAGGUACUAAAAUCCAAGGGAGAAAACCCCUGGGGAUACUACCAACAAUACAGAUUCUAGUCUCUGUUCUCUGACUGCUACGAUUGUAGUGAGUAGUCUACAAUGUCAGCAGGGUUCUAAUACAAAUAAAAGGUUUCAAGUCCUCCCUCUGUCAAUAUUCUAGGGUUAUACUGUACAUCCUUUCUGUAUCUGUAAUAGGGUUCUUGUUUCUGCUCUAACCCAAUAGUAGGUUUCUGAUACAUCAUUACAGUAGGCUUCUAGUCCCAAUUAUGCCUCUACCAAGGUUUGUAGUGCCGGUUGUAUCCAUGUAGUUUGGCCUUAUUCCCUAUUCUAUGAAAGACACAGACAGGAAUAAGUCCCUGUUCCACCUUUACUAUUUAGAGGGUGCCCUGUCCCUACAAGUACAGUAGUUUCGGUCUCUGUUGUACCACUAAUCUUGGGUUUACCACUACAGUUGAUUUUUUUGUCCCUACAGUGGAGUUUAAUCUCUAUUGUACAACAGUUCAGGGGUUUAGGCUCUUGUUCCACAACCACAGUGGGGUUCUUCUCUCUGUUCUACAUGUAAAAUAGGGCAGUAGUCCCCUGUCUGGUGGAGGUCAUGGGUUCCAUUUCUCAUGUGUGAUGUUUACACUGCCCCCCACCCCAAUCCUCUCUGCUACUGUCUGGCCCAGUGGCCCUCCACUAACCCUUACUCCCCUCCAGCUACAGUCCUGUAACCUUCCAUCCCUUUUCUACACUGACAGUCCAUGAAAUGUCUUCCCUUAACAUCGGUGGUGGUUUCUAAAAAGGUUCAAGAAUAACAUUGUUUCUAAUGGUGACGGUAUGUCAUACCUGUAAAUGAUGUUUAUCUGUCAUGCCUAGUCAAAUAAUUUAAACAAUAAAAAGAGGGAUUUUUUAAAUGUCUAUAAUAUCUGAAAGUCCCUUUGAUGUGUAGUACUGGUGUUAACGUUGUUGUAGUGUAUGUGAAACCCUAUGGGGAUUGUGUUACUUUUUAAGAUAAUAAAAUAACAAUGUU